AUGAACCCAUACGACAAAACCAAUAAGCCACCGGUGCCAUUAGAACUUCAGAAGAGAGCCAAGGGCCUUAAGCUCAUAAUGUUUGGCCUUCCUGUGUUCAUCAUCUCGUCGUACGUGCUCUUUGAGCGCAAGGUCAUGGGCAAGGAGAGAAGGGUGCAGACCGGGGAAAUGAUGCCUGACGGAACCAUCAGAGAGUUUGAGGCGUGGGAAAUCAAAGAGAAGGACAGAAAUAACAGAGCGCCGAAUACCCCCGGUUUCCUCUAUGGUCCGCAAGACAAGACUUGUGUCAAAGAUUUCUAUGACAUAAAAAUAGAUGAUAAUUAA